AUGGAGGGGGGAACCUUGUGGGGACAGCGCCCAGUCCCAAAGCCCCUUUUCCACCUGCUGCGCUGGGGACGGGCACCCGCCUUCGCCCUGUGCCGCGGGAGCCGGGCGAGCGCCCAGGCACCCGGUACAGAGCUCGGCACCUCCCUGCACCCCCAGCUGCCGCCGGGACCCACGCGGCGCCCCGGGGGCGCCGGGCCCGGGAGGGGGUCGGAGUCGCGCCGGUGCCAGGCGGACUCGCAGCCGUCGCCGCUGGCCCUGCUCGCGGCCACGUGCAGCAAGAUCGGGCCGCCCGCCGUGGAAGCCGCCGUGACGCCUCCUGCUCCUCCUCAGCCGGCGCCUCGCAAGCUCGUCCCCAUUAAGCCUGCGCCGCUGCCGCUGGGCUCCGGGAAGAGCAGCUUUGGGAUCCUCUCCUCCAAAGGGAACCUCUUCCAGAUCCAGGGCUCUCAGGUUGGCACCUCCUACCCCGGCGGGCAGCUGGUUUUUGCCAUCCAGAACCCAGCAGUGAUCAACAAAGGGGCCCGCUCGGUCGAGACGGUGCUUAUCGAGACCCCGGCCGAGAACAUCAUCCAGGCGGGCAGCAACCUGCUCAUCGUGCAGGGCCCGGGCGCGGGGCAGCCGGCCGUGGUGCAGCAGGUGCAGGUGGUGCAGCCCAAGCAGGAGCCGCAGGUGGUGCAGAUCCCGCAGCAGGCGCUGCGCGUCGUGCAGGCCGCCUCCGCCACCCUCCCCCCCCUGCCCCAGAAAUCCAGCCAGAACUUCCAGAUCCAGGCGACGGAGCCCACCCCUACGCAGGUCUACUUC